AUGAAGAAAGAAGAAGCGAAAGCAAAAGAAAAAGAAAUAGAACUAAAUGCUGCUGAAGAAAAAGAAGUAGAAUCUAAUCCGGAACUUUUGGAGGUGAGAGUGAGACUACAUAAACUUGAAGAAACUCUGAAGGAAAUUGUGGUUGAAUCAAAGAAGCAAAUGAAUAGUGGCCAAACAAAAGCGCAUGAAGGAGGAAAUGAGAAGAAAGUAACAGAAGCAAGUAGCCAUAGUAGUUUAGAAUCUAGCAAGCCCGUUGAGAAAUAUCCCCUCAGUAAACAGGAUUCUGUAGAACCAAGACCAGCCCUCAGCAGAGAGAGGGCAGUAGGUCAGCAGCCGGUUCCUAAUGCUAACUCGCAGGAUCAGGAGGGCAAGACCCCAGCUUCUGAAGAUGCUGAAAGAUGA